ACUCGUGUUAUUCCGGUCUAAAUAAUGACUUCCUUCAUUUCACCCCAAAACCCACCGGGUCACUUCAAGAGCUCAUUUAGUGGGCGACAAUGCAUGCGCGAUCCUGAUUCCUUCCGCCAGUUGAGAACGCGCCGCCAGAGCCGCAAGCUAUAUGGCCCGCAAGAACAGGCGCCAACAGCAGCAAGAAGCCACUCCUCCGCCCGCUGCUGAAUCCUCGGACAGCAGCAGUUCCGAUUCCGCCCCCGAGGUCGCAGCACCUGUCGCCGACCUUCCAGCCCCCAUCGCGCCCACGACCCCGUCGACAGACAAGCCGACGCCCAAGCAGCCGAGCCCCAAGCACAUACCAAGCCCCACGAAGCAGCCCAGUCCCAAGGCCAUAAGCAAGGCAGCCGCCGAUAUCCUUGAAACCAUGAACGGAACCAUCCACGUCAAGGUGCUGAGCGCCCGCAACCUGCCGACGAUGGACUUUGGCAAGCGCCAAGAUCCCUUUGUGCUAGUGCAGCUGGAUAGCUCGACUCCCAAGUCUUGGGCUACUACAGACCCAGCUUUCCACGGCGGUACCAAUCCGGAGUGGACUGAGAGAUCCAACAACGAGCUGGAGCUCUUCUACGACGCCAGUCAGCUCGACAAGGCUGUGCUGACCUUUGAAGUGUACUCGGACGAGUCUGGCGAUGAGCUCAUUGGCUCUGGUCAGCUCGACGCCAGCUCCAUUGUGCAGGCCCAGUCCAAGGAGCCCACCCAGUUCACUGUCCGCCUGAGAGACGUAUCGCGUGGCUCUGGCAGCCGCGGAGAGGUCAACGCUGAGGUGUGGUUUGGUCCACCUGUGCGUAAGGCCUUCCGUGCCGCUGGACGCGCCUCCAAGCUUUUGGAUGCACGUGAUGCUUUUGUGGCUACACUGUGCUCGAUUGUAUCCACGGUCUGUAACUCGGUGUCGGGCUACUGCCAGCUGCCCACCGACUUUGCCAAGAAGCACCGCAAGCUGAGUAUGGCUCUGGCUGCUGUGUUGGGCAUCAUGGCCGCUGGAGCGCUCACUGUGUUCCUGGCUAUUGCUGUACCCACGAUGUUGGUGGCGUUCUUCACGUUCCCGUUCUGGAUUAUCCCGUUCCUCGCCACGUCGUUCUUCACGGCGCCACUGUGGAUUCCCAUUCUACUGCUCGUCGGACUGUUCCUGCUGUUUAUCGCCACGUUCGUCUUCGGACUCGGAGUCACUUCGCGCCCUGUGCGCCGUAAAGGUGCGUUCAUCUCGAACAAGAUCAAGCACUCGGACGUGGGUAAACGCGUGGUCUACGAGAAGAUGGUGUAAGCGUCCACCCCCUAACGUCACGCCAUGCGCGUGUCCUCUGUGGACCACGAUCUCUUUUCCAGUGUAUUGUAGCGUGAGGCUUUCUGAUCUAUGAGGCAAACACGAGUGUGAUGCAUGCCAAACCAUUUGAAAGUAAAAAAAAUAAGAAAAACGUUUUCCCAGUCAA